AUGCAGAAUGCAAAAUUGAUAACAAGGCACUUUCAAAACAUAAGAAGCAUUUGUACACGCGCCUCUUUGAAUCAAGUAGCAGGAGCAGAGACGGCAUCAAAUGUAUCCGAAAAACUAACAAUCCCACCUCCGAGUAAUGUUGAAAAACCAGUUUCCCCAAAAAUAGACAAAUUGGUGACGGAAAUUUCACAAUUAACCUUAAUUGAAGUCUCCGAACUUAGUGGGUUAUUAAAAAAGCGACUCAAUCUUCCAGAUGCUCCUGUAAUGCCCAUGGGCGGUUUCGCUGUUGCCGCAGCCCCUGCCGAAGAAGAGGAGGCUCCUCAAAAAGUGAAAUCUGUUUUCACUGUCAAAUUAAUGAAAUUUGAUGAUAAACAGAAAGUCCCAUUGAUAAAAGAAAUUAAAACUCUAAUAGAAGGAAUGAAUUUAGUACAAGCUAAAAAAUUCGUAGAGGGUUGCCCUACUGUGGUAAAAGCAGAUGUUUCCAAAGAGGAGGCCGAUAAGUUAAAGGCUGCCAUUGAAAAAGUUGGAGGUGUGGUAGAAUUAGAUUAG